GAUCGCUAGAGGGCUAUCGGCGCUCACUUCAGUAGAGGUGACCACGUGACAAUAGAUACAACACGAUUUUUUACCACAAUUUUACAAAUAAAAAAAGAAAUUAUAGUGACAUGGCCAGUUUCAGCUAAAGAUGGAGGAAUCAUUAGAUGGCCGUGAGAGCGGCCACAGCGCGGCUGGUUUCGAUUCGGCGGCCAUUUUGAAUGAUGACGUUUCACCUACUACCAGCUUCUGUUAUAACAUACCUAAUUUAUUUAACAGUCUAGGUCCUGCGUCCCUAUGUGAGAGGCCUGAAACUGACGUACCUGAUAACUAUCCGAGCCAGGAAGCCACGGACGAGGUGGAAAACCACCAGUUUGAGGAUGACGAAGAAUACUCCCCUAAUUCUAGUGCCAAAAGCGGUGAUAUUCCUAAACGUAAACAACGAAGAUACAGAACAACAUUCUCAAAUAUCCAAUUAGAGCAGUUAGAGGCGGCAUUCCACAAAACCCAUUAUCCUGAUGUGUUUUUUAGAGAAGAAUUAGCAAUGAGGAUAGACCUAACAGAGGCUAGAGUUCAAGUCUGGUUUCAAAACCGUCGAGCAAAAUGGCGCAAGCAGCAGAAGGCGGGCUGCGAGCCCUACCCGCGCGCAGCCCGCUCGCCGGAGCAACGGUCACCGACAUCACUGGCUCUGGAGAUGAGAGAUUUUAUCACUAUCCCAGUGUCGUCACCACAAAUAAUAAACAUGGCUGAAACACACCAAAAUAACUACGUAACGAAGAAUAAGCAGCCUGCACCCGCCAUACAUAUUUCUGCUCUACCAACGCGGCAGAAUCCUCAGAUCGACCUGCCUACAUUUUCAAUUCCUCUCCAAUAUAACCUCGGAGGCUUCAAAAAAGUAGACGAAGAUGUUAAUCUAGAUUUAGAAACAUCAGAAAACGCAUCUCAAAACCACUGGGAUGCGAGAAUGAUGCCUAACUUCAAUUUAAUGCAUAUAAAACCGUUGCUAGAAAACCGUGACAAUAACGACAUAGCCGAAGUUAAGUAUGAAGUCAAAAAUGAAACUGUAAGUAGAUCGAAUUAUAACGAAUUACCUAAUAUUAACAGAGGGCCUAUAGAAUCUGAAGAUAUAUUAGGAAAAGAAACAGUAAACGAAGGACAAACUAUUUCUCCGGAUUUUGAAAUAGAACGGUAUCAGUAUGAUGAAAACGAAAAAAGGUUUAGGGAACCUUUCGAUGAAGGAAUCAUGGAAGACGGUAGAAAUGAUUUUGUAUGUGAAAACGACUUUCUAUGUAAGAAUAAUUAUGAAAAAAUUGAUGGCAAAAGAAAUGAAUUUGAAGACUGUCAUUUAUUGGACGGUGAGAGUAGUGGUAUGAGUAAUUUUGAAAAUAAUUUAUAAGUUACG